AUGCUUGUUGCCUUCUUAGUCCUGCUGGCAUUACCAGCCAGUCUAGCCAGCCCGACUAAGUCUGCUGCUGACACGAACUGCAGCCAAGUCUCAGGGAACAAGACCAUCUCAGCUUAUCAACUAUAUCCUGCGAAUGGCGACUACGAUACAAAGCGCUGUGUCGCAUAUCUUAGUGUCCUGUACAACUCUACUGUGGCUGUCUGGGACCCCUCUAUAAACUCAAUUGUUGAGACUAUUACGCUACAGGGCCUAAGCUUUAACCCGCUCCUACAUGCCAGCGGUGUCCGCCGUGACCCCCUAGACCGCCUCUCCAUCAUCAUCAACGCUGGCGACGCGUUUAUAACAAACGGCCAGAAUAUCGAAGGCGACAACUUCCUCGUUAAGUACGAUCUUAACACCCGCCAGGAGCUCUGGCGGAGCAACCUCACCGCCAUUAUCGGCGGCUUAUAUGGCGGCUACCAGGACACCCAGACCGCCACUGAUGGGACUACCUUUGUCCUUGGUACUUACCCUAGUAGCAUUAUCCGCGUUAGCGCUGAUGGUAAAGACGCUGCCCCCUGGUACCUACGCACGCCUGCCAACCACACGGUCCGAGGUAUUGGGGGCCUUGCUGUCUCACCAGACGGUCAGUCGCUGCUGACCACAGACAGCGAGGACGGGCAACUGUACCGCUUUAACAUGUCAGCCGCUAAGGGCACACCCGUCCGCAUCCCGCUGUCCGGCGCAGACCUUAUCGGUAAGACCCUCAUGGGCGUUUCUAUCCCUAGGCGCUACGGCGGUAAUGUUUUGCUUGCUACGGACGAAGCUACUGGGACGGUGGUGCUGCGUUCGAGGGAUGGUACUUGGAAUGAGGCAGAGGUCCUGGGAACGGUGCCCGGUUUGCAAGCCGAGGGCGGGUUCAGCACCGCAACGGUGCCGAUCGGCGACAGCGUCUACGCCGUUUCAGAUUACUUUGUAGACGCUAAGGUCGCCGGCUCGCUGGGGGGGAACCGGACGGAGUUCCUGUUAGUUGACAUCACGCCCAAUAUCGACGCGCUUCUAGCCUAG